CUGUAUUUUUUUAGCCAUUACUUGCAUUAGAUGGUUGACAACCUGUGCCAUUUCAAUGAAACUUUGAUAUGGAGUCUUUGGAUUGAAAUGGUACCUUCAUUCCUUGUGAAAGUGGCCGGAGAAGGCAAAGAAUUUCUUCUGACUUGAAGGGAUGCGACGAAUUCAGCCAUCUGUUAGUGAAGAUGUCUCAGAGUAUCAAUGUUAUGUUCGUCUGCAACGAGUGGCGAUCCUCCAAGGGAGGUCUACCCACUUUCAACAGGGAGUUUGCUGUAAAUCUGGCCAAAGCAGCUAGCGACCGGAUCAAGGUUUUCUGCUAUGUCUGCAGCAGCAGCGAAGAGGACAUACUAGAUGCUAAGAAACAAGGAGUGAAUUUGAUCACUGCACAACCUCUUCCAGGAUUUAAUGAUCCGAUGGAGUGGCUGAAAAUGCUAACACCAGAGAUUCCAACGCCGGAUGUUGUGGUAGGCCAUGGCAGAAAGUUUGGCAGGGCUGCCUUGUUCAUUUCGAAGAUGACAAAAUGUAAAUGGAUACAUUUCGUUCAUGUAUUCUGUGAAGACCUGGGAAAACACAAAUUAGAAGGCAUCUCCACACCAGAUGCAAUUGCAGACAACGAAGAGAAGAAUAAGCAAGAAUUAGAGCUUUGUGAAACAGCCGAUCUAGCUGUUGCUGUGGGCUCUCGACUUCAGAGGAAAUACAGAAGAAGUCUUCCUGAUAUCAAAGUAGAAGUCAUUACUCCUGGAAUUUUCCAGAAUUUCUUAACUCAGGUGACACCAUUGGCCAAUGUUCAGCCAGCGGAAGCAGAAGAAUUCAGCGUCUUCAUGAUUGGCCGUGGAAGUUUUGAGGACUUUGCACUUAAAGGAUAUGAUAUUGUUGGAAAGGCAGUAGCUUUACUUGGCAGGAAGUUUGAACUGACAUUUGUUGGUUCACCGAAAGACGAACAGAGGAGAACAGAGACGUGGUUUCUUGAGAAAACAAAGAUAGCGCGCAACCAAUUAACUAUCCGUGGCUAUCGCGACAAUAAAGAAAUGAAAAAGAUGUUUCGUGCAGCAGACUUGAUUGUGAUGCCAUCACGCACGGAAGGGUUUGGUCUGGUUGCCCUGGAAGCAAUUUCAGCUGGAGUGCCUGUUCUUGUCUCCAGUGAAUCUGGGAUAGCCAAAGCUUUAGAGAAAGUCGAGGGUGGGAGGACUGUGGUAGUCUAUUCAGAUAAGCCAGAGGCCUGGGCAGAAAGAAUCAAACAGUUGUCAGAGCAGAAGCCAGAAGACAGACAUGCCAGUGCUAUGCAUCUCAGAGAUAAGUACGGAGAGACUUAUACCUGGACAAAACAAUGUGAGAGAUUCGAGCAGAUGAUCCAUGGGUUGAUUCAGAGACCUUGCAGAGAUUCUCCUUCAAAUGUUGCAUUGACAGAUGGAAGUGGAGCUACAGCUUCACCAUCACCAUUAGAAGCAGACAGUAACCAGGAAAGAGAUUCAGCAACAAGACUAAGAGAUGCAAAUAGAGAUACAGCUUCACCAUCCUCUUCAAAAUCCGCAGAGGCAGACAGUGACAGAAAAGGAGAUUCAGCAAGAGGACAAACAGUCCGGUUUGGAGCAGAGUGUGACAGUUACAUAGUUACAUUCAUUGGGUUGUUUUAG